AUGUCGGCCCGGGGAGUGGCAGUGCUGCUGUGGUGGCUGAGCUGCUGCGGCUCGGCCCUUUGGAGGUAUUCCAGUAACAGUCCAAAUUAUCACAUUUUUAGUACCAGAAGUACUAUCAAGUUAGAAUAUGAAGGAACAUCAUUUUCUAAGUGGAAUGUGCCAGAAACUUGUCAUAUUAAAGAUACCAAAUCACCUGUGACAGAAUUACGUUGUCCUUCUCCUGGUGUUCACAUUGUACAACCAGUUGUUACAGGUGGUAAUGAAGAAGAACGCUAUUUGACAGUGGAGACUUCUAAUGUUUGUUUUCUGUGGUAUUAUAAAGUUGUAAAUUUAUUUCACAAUUUAACCCAGACUGUCAUAAUAUGGGUAUAUGAUCCAGAAAGUUCAGAGCCUGAUGAGAUACUACGCAAUGCAGAAGAACCCUCACUGAAUUCUAUAAUACUAAGCAGGCAGUUGGCCACUUUGGGACAGAGGCCCACCAUAUAUACAGUUCUGAAGAGAAAAGCUUAUUUUUCACAUGAAAACCCGAAGACAAAGGGGCUGUGGUAUAUUAACUUACCAAUGACUGCAGAUGAUGCAGUAAUGGAGAUUAGAGGAAAUGAAGUGACUUUUCAAGAUUGCUUUAUUGCAGAUUUUCCUUUUCUACUGACUUUUCCUUUCAUGACCAUACCUGAGGUUCCUGGCUUUUUACCAAUCUCUUCGCCAGCUGGUAGUCAGUUGAAGUUUUCCUGUCUUGCUUGUGUUCCUACAUUUGCUGUUGUGGUAGCUGACAUGGAAACCUUUCAAACCAACGAUUCAUUCCGCACCUGGAACAGAGUCAGAGUGCCUCCAGAUGUUCUGAGCGACAGUGAAAGGCACAGCGUGGAUCAGGUGAACAUGUCACGUGAUGGAAUAUUUUUUCUGAUAAAUGGUGUUCUUUACCUAAAAAAUCUUGAAACAUUUCAAAAACUGGGAAGAGAUAAACAUCUUCCUGAAGGUGAAAUUGUUGGCAUUACAUCAAGAAGAUGGUGUUGGAUCAAAUUUCUAUUUAAGACUAAAGGAAGAAAAAGCAGUAUGGCAAUCUGGACAGAAAAUGAAAUUUACCUUGGAUAUUAUCCAGAGAGAUAUAUCAAACUGACGACUACUACAGAACUCAAAGCUCUUUUAAAUCUUGCACCAACCAGUACUCUCACCAUACACAAUGUUGAAUAUACAGGACAUCCUCUGGAAAUCGCCGUGUUUUUAAAUUACUGCACAACAUGCACUGUCACCAAGAGGAUUUACUUAGUGAUAUAUAAUGAAGAUUCAGAAGAGUGGGCAUACCAAGAUUUUUUAUUAGAUGUCCCCAUCAACACUUUUUUAGUUCCACGUUUCCUAUUUUCAGCAAUGCCAGAUUUAGUACUGUGGGACAAACAUACUAUAUACUAUUAUUAUCAAAAUUUCACUAAUGCUGGAAUUAUACAAACAAGUACAGGAACUGGAAACCUAUCAACAAUAUCAGAUGACAGCAUUAUUCAUGACAUUUUUUUAGAUUAUUAUGGGAACAUUGUGGCAAAAAUGGAAAAUAAUAUCAUGUUUUAUUUCAAGAUUAAUAUUAGAGAAGCAGUAAAGCUACAUUUAUGGAUAACUGAUAGAAUAAAAUCAUUUUUGUUUAUUGGCUCAUCUGGUCAAGUAUGCCUUGUGUAUGUUUUUGACGAUGGCACACUACACAUAAAAGAAUAUCCCUUAAAUCUGGAAGUAAAAAGCUCAACUUUCCUGACAAAAGAGGAAUGCCCAUAUAGGGCAUUUCACAAUAAUAUUUCCCACAUGUUUUACUUUUUGGACAAGGGAGAUGUCCUAUCCGUUUGGGCUCAAAUAGUUUAUCCAGAAAACCUUGGUCUACAUAUUAUAAUGGACUACUAUGGCCCAAAAAUAUUAGAAUGGAAAAAAAGCAUGAAUUAUGAAAUUGCCUUAGGACACUGCUCUAAAACUCUGGAAAUAACCUUUUAUCAGAGUGUAGAUUAUGAGGCAGUAGAGGAUUACCAUAAGCUCCAAUAUGAGAACAUGGGUAUUGUGCUUAUUCAACUUCGACCUAGUGGAUUUGCAAGAAUAUGCCCCACAGCCCAAAAGGUGUUCCAAAUAGCUGUUGGCUGCAAUAAUAAUAAAUUCAUUGCAGUAAAAGGAUUUCUGAAAAAAGAAUGUAUUCACCAUGAUUUUACUUAUGUGAUUGACAAGUCAUAUCUGAGAGAUAAACCACCUGAUAACUUGAAAAUAAACUAUAACUGGUCAAAAUAUGGUUGCCCAUUGAGAGUUGAUUCCAGAGAAGAGUUUCAGCCUUCCAUCCAAUUAUUUGAUGAUAAUGGCUUUAUUGAAGAUAUUAAAGUAAAUUUCAUAUUGUGGGAAAUCCAUGGCAGGCUUGACUAUAGUUUUACUAAAACUAUGAGGCAGAGUGGUUGUUUAAAUGAAGCACAGACAUGGAAGACAAUGAUAGAGCUUAACCAGGACACCCCAUUAGAAAAGGUGUGGGGACCAGAGAACUAUAAGACCUGUUUUUCUUAUGCUGUUGGAAAACCAGGAGACUUAAGUCAACCAUACGAGAUUAUAAACAGUUCUAAUAAUAAUCACAUAUAUUGGCCCAUGAGCCACUCCGGAAUGUAUGUAUUUCGUGUGAAGAUCCUGGACCCAAACUACAGUUUCUGUAAUCUAAUGGCUAUAUUUGCAAUAGAGACCUAUGGAGCGAUUCCCAGGCCAAGUUUCUAUCUGGUUGCAUCUAUCCUCUUUGUCCUGAUGCUACUGUUUUUCACUCUUCUAGUUCUGAGCUACUUCCAAUAUAUGAGGAUUUAUAGAUACUUUAUUUAUGAACCACUUAACAAACCUCUAGGAAAACAAAAGAAAAAUUAG